UAUUGAUAAGUAUUAUGUAUGUAGUAGUAUGACCUGAUGGUGAACCCAGAAACAGCUCUAGACUGAUAUGACAUAACAUAGCAUACUUUAUUAUGACAUAACGAUUUACGCAUAACUAUUUGAAGUACAACUAACUAAGCUAAAAGUUGCUUUACCUAUUAUGAUUAAAAUAUUUUUGUUAUACUUACAUUGUGAUCAGUGGAAAAAAACAUUGUUGAAGCAACGAAAAUUAGAGAAGGUUGUAAUUUUACUAUUUAUAAAUUUUCAUUACCCCCAUAUGGUAACAAACUGUACUGUAAGUACCUAUAGCGUCUGUAACUGGACGGUGUGCGUUUGGUUCGGGUCACAGCACUCGCCCCUGCGCAGACGCAGGUGAGUCAGCAGGUGGGGUGUGUGACGGCGCGGAACCGAACUGCUCCUUGCCCUAUUUCGAUACCAAAACAACUUCCUUGCUUUUUGUUGUUGUAUUUACACAAUGGUUAUGUAAUUAUAUUAUUCUCUCUAUUAAUAAUAACAGUUUAUUUAGAUACAAACCAAAUAAAAACUGUUUCAAGAUAAAUAAACACCGACCGGUCAACUAAUACGAAGCAUUUUUUUCCUCAUAGUAGUCAUCCGGUUUAGUUAGUCGAAGUACAAAUCUUGAGAUUUUCAUAGGACAAAAAGUAAUUAUAUAAAUAAUUUAUACUAUAAGUAUUCAAUGAUGCAGAUCAGGCUGGGACUGUGCUAUCAUUAGUAUUCAACCGUGACCUUUGUCACACAAUAACAUUACGCUCAUGGAAUGGGGACGAUCAGUAUUCCACGCUGUUCCCGAUUGACCGAACAACAUGCUUCCCACCCCCACUACGAUUCCGACCUAAUUGUAAUGCAUGCGGCGGGCGCUGGUCGGCGCGCGGGCAUUGCGACGCCGGCCACCGCGCCUGCGACCAUCUGCUGCGCUGCGCCAUGGUCUGCGACGACGGCCUGCACGCAUCACCGCCUCACCAUCGACGGAAAUCGCUGCGCCGGCUCGCCUCCACACGCGGCUUUAAACCCCGCCCCGCCAAUCAAUCCGGUUGGAUACGUGUCUUUGAAGGCCUCGAACCUUUCGUAAUUGAUGCACCCAGCAAACUGCUUAGAGUCUCCAUUCACACCACUGUUGAAGACCUCAAUAAACAGCUCGGGUUCGGGGAGGAAUUAACUCUGUGGGUUCAAAUCGGAGGAGAAAAGACCAGACGUUUGGAACAGGAUGAAUACCCAUUACGGAUUCAGGAGCAGUUUUUGGCAGUCCACGGAUGGAAGUCUGAAGAGAGGCGUCUGCGAGUUGCUGUUGAUCCUGAGUUGCGACAUUCGCUGCGGUGGUGCACAGGACCAGCGGCUCGCUCUGGUGGUGUCUUGCGAUCCGGUACCUUGUACGUGCUUAAGGGACAUGUGUUCCCACAGUGGAAACCUCGCCCUGCUCACAUAAUUGGAUCAAGUUUACAUAUUUUUGGGUCAUCGUGGGAGGAAAUAGAGUUGAGUGGUGGAGCUGUUGAAAUGUGUCAACCAAAAGCGCAACGUUUAGUGAUUUGCUUAAAACCGCGUUGUCAAGGAAACUCGGUGCCAGGGGACGCUGGUAUGAAUCAUCUAUUUCUUGGAUUCAAUACAGUUUGGGAACGCAAUAUGUGGUUCAGCUGGAUAAAAGAGGGUAUUGAUAGUACGCAACCACCUAACAUCCUCGACCUGAGCGGGGGUGGACGGUCGUCCCUCGGCGCGGCGCUGUCUCAACAUGCCUCCAGUGCUUUCGCUGUCCGCGUCCUGCGCCUGCGCGGAAACUCCUUGCCGACCCUUCCGCCGCAAUUGUGGACCUUACACGCCUUGACACACCUGGAUUUGAACGACAAUAGAAUAGCUGAGCUGCCUGAAGAAAUAUGUCAGUUGACGCAACUAGAAGAACUGAAUGUAAGCGAAAACGAAUUGAAGUCAAUAGAUUGCGCGCUGAGUCUUCCCCGGCUACGGAGUCUCAUUGCCAGCCAUAAUUUUGUCACUAGUUUCGGUGUUACUUCAUCUGAGCACCCAGGUGCAAUGGGUCUAGAAGACCAGAACAAAGGCGAGCACCGCGCGCCACUCACCUGCGUAGACCUUCGACACAAUCGGCUGAAAGGAAGCAUCAUUCUUGGCAACUAUGAGGUUAUUGUGGUAUUCCAGCACCUGGUAUCCCUAGAUGUGUCCCACAAUGCCGUGGAGGUGCUGGUGGUGUCGGCACUGCGCGGGCUGCGCGAGCUAUACGCCGCUCACAACGCCUUGCAGCAUCUGGCCAUCCACGGCGCAUCGCUUAGGAUACUAAAGGCUCCAUAUAACCAAUUGGAGACUUUAACUACAACAGUACCGCCGAUAAAUCUAGUAGAGAUGGACGUGUCGAACAACAAGCUGUCAUCCCUGCCGCAGUGGCUCAGUGGUUGUUCCGACCUCACCACUCUGUACGCGAGCAACAACCAGCUGACGUCACUGCCUGACCAUCUGUUCUGCAGCGAAUUAUCCAGCCUUAGUAAAUUAAGAUUAGCACAUAAUAAAAUUGCCACUAUCCCAUCAAUGCCAAGACUAAGAGCUCCUCUGAAGGAAAUACUGCUCCACGACAAUUGCAUACAAUCACUACCAGAAAACUUCUUCUCCGUCUGUGAUAGGCUCUGCGUUUUAAACCUUUCCAAUAACAGAUUAAGUCGUCUUCCACAAGCCCGAGGCCCCUCAUCACAUUGCCUAGAGCGGCUAUACUUGACAGCCAACUGUUUAACUGAUAGCGUUGCAGAUGUCAUCAUAGCAUUCCGUGGGCUGAAGAUAUUACACAUAGCCUAUAACUGUAUAUCAAGCUUACCAGAAAGUUGUGUAAAUUUUUGGCCUGAAAUAGAAGAACUUGUAAUAUCAGGAAACACUUUAAUCAAAUUGCCGGACAAUUUACCACAGUUAAACAAAAUUAAGAUUGUACGAGCUCAUUCCAAUAAAUUACGUUCAGUACCUAUGUUUGCAUGUAGUGCUUCUAUUAAAAUUUUAGAUUUUGCACAUAAUGAACUGGAUAGUAUAGAUUUACGACUUCUUGCACCUAAACAAUUAAAGUUUCUUGAUAUAUCUUGUAAUAACAAACUACAAGUUGACCCAUCACAAUUUAACGCUUACAGGUGCCAAAGACCAUUGAGUUUAGUGGAUGUAUCUGGGAGAAAUUCAUUGCCGUGUUCACAAAAGAGUGGGUUUCAUGAAGAACUCACUGGUUCAACUCCUUGGACGACAGGGUUCACUGAAUGUCCUAACAAAUCUUUGCAAUUAUGUUGUGCUCAAAUUCGAUUACCAGCGUUUUGCAACAAAGAGGGGCUUUUCGCUGUAAUUGACGGAGAAUCUGAUCCAGAAGUGCCAAAAAUACUACAAUCAUGUCUUCCGGGUUUGUUACUUGAAGAAAAGUCCAUAAAAGAGACCAUCAAUGAAUACAUGAAGUAUGUGGUUUUAUCAGCUCAUAGAGAACUAAAAGAACAAGGACAGAAAAAAGGAGCUUGUUUAAUUAUGUGCCACUUAUCACCAGUAACUCCACUAGAUAAUGGAUUUGGCCAAAGUUCUAAACGAUAUAAUUUAAGGCUUGCUAACGUAGGUGACACAAAAGCUGUUCUUAGUAGAAGAAAUGGCCCAUUAAGUUUAGGAAUAGAAAAUAACAAGCGUUUAGGUUAUUCUUCAAAAUAUCCAAAUACUAUUCCCGAUCCAGAUGUUAUUCAAACGAUCAUUAAGGAAGAUGACGAGUUUUUAAUUAUGGCUAACGGCAAGUUCUGGAACGCAGUCAGCAUUGAAACUGCCGUUUCAGAAGUAAGAGCGGAACGUAAUCCAGUUCUAGCAGCAAAACGAUUACAAGAUUUAGCUCAAAGCUAUGGAAUUGAAGAGUGUAUAUCCGUUGUAAUAAUUAGAUUUGAUUUAGCCCGAGCUGGCGUAGAUUUACUAAUGAGGGAACUGCGGCAAACUAUAAACAGUAAUAAGUCUGUUUGUAGAUCUGAUUGUUGCUGUUCCCGCCUCGAUGCCUGUUGCCAUUCUGCCACUCCGCCUAAACCGUGUAGCGACCGGUCGUCUCCCAGCGGCCAGAGUGACCGUCCUCCAAGCGAAACUGUGAGUCAUCAACAUUCAGUUAACCAACACUAUGCCAGCGUUCGCUCACAAGCCAAAGCUUCGGAAAGGAGAAGCUGUCGCGGUGGCGUGGCUCGAGCAAUUCGCGUUCGCGUUGAAGAAGAUAAAGAAGAAGACCAAAAAAACGAUGAUCUUUCAACUUCCGACGAACAGUUUAAAUGUUGGGAGUACAUGCUAGAACAAAAUACUCAGAUGCUUUUUGACAAAGAGUUGGACAACCUUUCCAAAGGAAUUAAAUCAAACGUAAGUAGUUUAAGAAAUUUUAAAGGUCUUUCAGGUAGUAGUCCUCAGUUACAUUUAUCAGGUAAACAAAACAAAGUACCAUUUUUAUCCAAACAUUUUGGGAGUGCACGAUCAUUUGGAGCCAAUUUAAAGCCUGACCUUCGUUUUGGUUCAGGAAGACUGCCGAACGGAGGCCCGAAUGCAGCGUACUUUGGUUCACUUCAACGCUUGAUGCCGUACCAUUUAGAAUAUGAUUUCGCUGUAAUUCAGGAAAAAUCUGCGCAGUCGCAAGACUCACUAGACCUCGAAGGCCGCAUGCAACAGUACUGGGGAGUGGCAACAACUGAACUGUAAAUAAAAUAUAAUGUAAUUAAAAAUAUUUUUGUAAAUAAAACUACAGAUAGAUUA